GACGUGCACAACGGUUUCCAUCUUUGCGACCAACACCUGCAACGUCGCAAUGCAUGGUUUGCUGAUUGAGCAGUUGUGGAUGGGCAAAUACCCUGGAUUGAAUCAAAGGGCUGGCCCAAUUGUUCAGGCUAAGAUCUACGGCUGUUUGUCUGUCAUGAUGUUCGCAUUCUGUAACUGGCUCAUAUACAAGGUCAGGCAUUCGCAGCUGCAUUAUACAGCCCUGGGUCAGUUGUCCAGCCAUGCAACGGGAUUUACGUUGAUUCAAGCUCUUGGCCGCUUGCAAUGGAGCGUUAGAUACAGUGGCUGGAAAUCCUUUCUCGUAUUGCCUUGGGCCGUUGCGCUGUUGAGAGGGGCACUUUUUCUUGGCGAGCUGCUGCGCAAGAAAAGUGCAGGAGAUGCGGAUGUGCAAUGGGAGUACUGUGAGGACGCGGAGUGGCGGCCCUUCCCGCCGGAGUCCAGCCGGCUCAUGGAAACUCGCUUCCUGCAGACCGAUGAGGCUGACUCGAGCAGUGAAUCAGGUGAGGUCAGCACAGGAGCCAUCAUGUUGCUGACCGUUGCUCCCUCCAGCCUGCAGGAUUCUCACGUGAAAGGCCCUAUGCAGGUUUGCCUUCCAGAUCGGAAUGCCAUCUGCCAAUCACAUGGUGAGAUGUGCAUGAAGGGUGAAGGAUCCGAUGAGGCCUGGGAGGUGCGGAGGAGGUGGUGUGGAUGGCAGGACUUUUCAGACAAGAUUUUCAUGGAGGGUGCCGCCCUGGUCAUGGGCUUCCUUGUGAUGCAAGCGCUGCUCCUCCUCCACACUGGGUACCUGCAUUCUGUGGAGGGCCUUAUCCAAAAGCCCAAGGACUGGGACAGGCAGCUUACUGGCAUGAUCCUUGUCUGGAGCAUCUUCUUUGGCAUUUUGCCGCCUGUGCUGGCCAAGGCAAAGGCUUGCGGGUGGAUCCCAGGCUGGGGUAUCUCCGAUGCAGAGCUUUUGCGAGAGUCUUGUUCUUCUGCUCUGGCCUGGUGCCUCGUCCGCGGGGUCGCGCUGAUAGCGCGGCCACACUGCUCGAUCAUGGACACUUACAUUGUGGUGGCCUUUCCGCUUACCUGGCUGGCCUUCUUUGUGGUCGGCUUGGUUUAUUCUGUUCCUCAUGAAGAGGAGGUGGCGCACAGCAUCGCCAAUGCCUUUGGCAUUGUUGUGGGUCUGGCUUGGGACAAAGCAUUCGAGUCAUUGGUCAUGCAUAUGACCGCAGGCUGGAAUGGCCAUUACGUGGUCUCCAAGGUCUUCCUUGCAGUGAUUGUAUGUGUGACAAUCCUCCCGGGUUGGUAUUGGUACCUAGUCCCCAGAGCGCAUCAUAUCCAAUCCGAUUGA